AAAAUAAAGAGAGGCUGCAGCCUCAGCAGAAACUUACCUAUGCCCUACGCUGCUUUAGUUCUGCAACUCCAAAACAAAUAGGGCCCAUGCGCAUUACGUGUCUGUGUGUGACUCACAGUAUUAAUUUUUGCCCUCGUCCGUUCCUUGUCUGUUUCAUUGCCUACUGCGUGCGCUGCUUAUUGUUCGUUAGCAUCGUAUCGGGCCAACGGACUAGGCAAAUAUCAACUUAUUUGAUACGAUUCUGAAAAUUUUACGGUAAUGGACAACAUUGCAAUAAUUGGUGACUGGUCUCGCCGUAGUAGACGCGGCAUUCCACCUGGCUUUUGGACAGUACGUCUCGAAACAUUACAGCAGGAAACAGAUAGACAACAUACCUGUACCUCUGUGAUUGGCGUAUACCUCUAUGAUUGGCGUACCAGCAGUUGUUAGAUCUGUCGACGGUUUUGAUUCGAACGUUCGUGCGUCGAGCUCUUCGUGCGUUUGACGCACAGUGGUUCUACACGUACAUCUAUCUUACCCACUUAUUACGCUUAAGUGUGCCUUUUGCUUGAAUAGCUAUUUAUCAGUUAAUGCUUGCUAACCAUUUCUAAAUGACAACCUCAGCUUUUUAUACACAUUAAAACCUUUUCUACGCAAUAACCCAUGAUGGUUAUGUACUUGUAUAUAUAUAUAUAUAUAUAAGGCCCGAAACUGUGUGAUCAAGCGAAUAAAUCAGAUGAAUGUUUAUUUGCGUAACGAUAUGUAUACGUCGCUACUCCAACACCGAAGGAACGCAAGAUAAUUUCUACAUUCAUGACAAUAUACGACCUGACGGAAUCUAGUAUCCGAAUAGAUUGUCAGCCUAUGUGACUGCUCACUUGAUAGGAUCAGCGAUGGCGGAUAGCUAUUUUAAUUAUUUAGAUUUAUUAUUUAGUAAUUAGACAUACAUUUUCAAUUUUUGUUGGCAUCUAUUGAUAGUGAGAAAGAGAUGAAUACUUUGGUGCCAGCAAGGUGGUGUCCAAUCAGUUAUGCGCGUUUAGUUAUGGACUAUGUUGAAUAGAUCGAAGUCGUUUAUCAGCAUGCACAAAAACACUAUUAGUUGAGUUUACUCUAUGUUAUGUCUGUUCUUGGGAAGUCUCGUUGUUAAAUGCUUUCCCUAUCCACAAGGAUACAUUACGCAUCAAUAAGACAACAAAUAGAUCUGACCUCAACCACACUCGUCGCUAAGUCAAUUGCACACGUGCCCGAGUUCGCGUAAUUUAUACCAUAGUUAUUGUUAGACUGGAAGCUUUUCUCAGCUUGACAUGGGAUCGGGAUGUUCUUCAGCGUUACCCAAUGCCUCCUUAUUUUUGCCCAUUCGAUUGCUCCUCACCCAACAAAAACCAUUAGAUAAUCGAACAAUGGCGUUUUACAAAUUCGCAGUUGAAAAAGAUAACUUAUACACCGGAUAUCAUUGUACAGUCGGGAUAGCCUGUGUCAGUGUUUUAUUUUAAAGAGAACAUUUUAGUAAACGUCAAAGGAAAGCCCAUGGUCCAACCCUUAUGCAUUAUUAAGAUCACCGCUUAUGGCUGCGGUGCGAGUCAACCACAAGCAGCAGCCCAGACAGUCGAGCGAUCGUACGAAACACUGUAAUUACUCCCACAGAAGAAGCUCCAAUCUCAGUAAGACAAUCAUGUGCUCGCGCGUACCUCAUAUAGUUAAAAGACAUGGUCUUAGUCGGUGUCCUAUUGUGAUCCAAAUAGAUUGUAAAAUUCAAAUUGGAAUUUGUAAUAAUACGUUCGUAUAGUUAAGUAACUUUAUUUUUUAACUCAUAAAAGCCUCACAAUAUUCGCAUCAACGCAAUGUCAACGAAAGCAUCAAGUUAUGACCUAUGGAACAUCUUGAGUCGAAGGUCAAUGUUACCAUCGACGUUUCAUACCCGGACAGAUCCCCUGCUUUGCCUCAGACCGCAGUUCUGUCAGUGACCAACGAAGCUAUAUUAGAACGCCCGUUUUGCUCCACCAGUAAUAGUAACUGGAUGACGAAGGUUUGUCAUCAUUGAAAACCACGACUCAUUGUUUUGGAUUGAUCUCUCCUCAUAUUCAUGUUAUGAUACGUGUCAUUGUAUCAGUACGACGAUGAAGGUCGUUGCUGAAUUAUUUAUCGAUCAAAUUUAGUACGGCAGAGAUAAUUACAUUUCGAGACAAAAACGCAAUUUUCCUAAAAAGCUCUCAACUUAAAAGAUGUAAAACAUUGAACAUUCGGUCAAAAUUACCUUGAGUCUACAAUGAUUGCCAUUCGUUCUGCCAAAUUCGUUCGCUAGAGUUUGCCUAGCUCUUUUUUUUGUUUAGUUUGUCUAGGGCAAUUGAAUAAACACAACAUAUUGAACAGUACCGUUGAAGGCAACCAGCUCUCCGUACCGAGAGAUCAACAUGGCAUACGUUGUAAUCAAUACUAGACGCACUGGGGGCAGUUAAUGUUGGGAUACCGUCAGAUGAAGCAAUAAGGGCAGUUCAAUUGCUAUAUUGAACUGAUUAGUGAUAGGAAGAUGGCCGAUCAAAAUUUUCUAUAACUUAAAAGCGUCAUCAUUUAAUUAUACGGCGCACGUAAUCGUUUAGCUUCUGGUGCAAGGAUUCCUAUUGAAUUGAAAUGCAUUAAACUUAUCGUUAGUACGGCAUCAGAAGACGCACAACAAUGAUAUUAAACUAGUUAAAACUAUGUCGUAUCAUAGAAGGUACAAUGCAUUGCAAACCCCCCAGAUAAUGUAAGCGUAGGUGUAGCGGAUAGAAAUUGGUAGCAGUACAUUCGAGUAGCUUUUUUUUAGGGUUUUUCGUACUCUCGCUACUAAAUACGCUUUGUAUACGCUUGUGCAUUACUUAGAAGCUCAUAUUCAUUCUUAGAGAAUAGAUCUUCUAUGUGGACUAUUCUUGAAACGAGGCCCCUCUUUGCACAGAACGAACCGAGAGACAAGGCCGGAUUUCCGUAAUUGCAAAUCAUUGAUUCUUCUUCUCCCGCUAACGACUUUAGCCACAAUUGAUAGACGAGCUGUUUUCAAAUUACGCUCUCGCGCAGGCAGACAUAGACUAAUACAUAGUCGUAUAUUCAUGACACGAUGUGACGUUUGGCAAACUGUAUUUCGUUCGUGACUAAGCAGCCAUGUUUGCACCGACCAAACAACGUUAAUUUGAGAAGAAAUCGAACAUGAGUGUUUACACAAACCUCCUAAGCCAAUGUUGCAAACACUGUAAUUCAAUAAUAAUGGCGUUUACGUAUGUAAAAAAAUGCAAACUAACAUUAAAGAAAAAAAAAAAAAAAGUUAGAGUGCGCUUUAAGCGCUGGACCUUUUGUAGCAAGUAUAGUGACAACAUUGUUCGUGUUUGCAAAAAAUUUUCGUGAGCGACUGUUAUGCAUCAAGGACCUUUUUUCUUACUAAAUUUUAUCUUACCCAAUAAGAAAUUUAGUUGACAAGAUCUAACCGUAGCAAACCGCGCGUCACAUGUAUGACCAAUUUGAUUCAUGUAGAUGUUGAUUUUCACAGUGCUGGACUGAUCGACUAGACUGAGGUGGUGCCAACAACGAUUUCCGUCGAGAUUUCAAACUGCUUCAAAAAUAUACCCGUCGAAUUCGUGAACAGUACGUAUCAUCAAAGAAGGGUAGUGUUUGUAAUGCGGACUUACAAACCUUAUACCUGAGGACCCUCUCAAAGCGUCCGAAAUGUAUUGUGGAGUAGAUGACUCUUCACGCGAGGCCCUGUUCCUACCCGGCCUAAAACGCAAAGGUAAACAACAGCUGCAACAACCGCAACCGUAUUCGCAGCCGGAGAUGGCGAUGCCCGAAUGCGAAAAUGAACAAAUAGACCAGUACUACGUUGUGUCCAGUACUAACGUUGGGACUAGCUCGCUACUAUACCCGGGUGGUACGUCUUGUAUUCCUUCAACUUUUGAUAACAGUUGCCUUCAUAAUCGGCCCUGGACACCAACAACCCUAAAGCACGACGAGAACGGUGAUGACUCAGUCGCAGAAGGCCACAAGGGUAGGAGGCCAUGGAUGGUGCACUUCAAAGGCGGAAGACAUUUCACAGCCGUGUGUGAUGAUUCAAAGACUACCGGUUCCCUGCCGGUCACAGGAAUCACUGAAAAGCAGCAAGUACGACACCUGAGGAGCGCUAGCUCUUCGGACGCGUCGGAUUUUAGCAAUGGAUCAGAAUUUAUCCCGCCCAAAGUACCCAACCCCUUCUACUUCCGGGUACAUUUAACGGCGGCCGACAAGAUAAAGGUGGCGUUUAUGACGGUGCUGAUAUUCCCACUCAGAGUGCUCCUUGUGUUGUUCUUCCUUUUCCUUACUUGGCUGGGCUGCUUCGUGGGACUGUUGGGAUACUCGGAACAGGAACUCGAGUCCAAGCCCAUUCAAGGCUGGCGUAGAGAAUGGCGCGAGAAAGUUCGCACGAUGGUAUUCUGGGCGUUCCGCACAUUUCUUCUACGGGUAGAGCUUCGUGGAGAGCGGGCACGUCCGACCGAAGCGCCUAUCCUCGUAGCUGGACCGCAUUCAUCGUUCUACGAUUUCGUGACAGUAAUCGCCAAUAGUCCCGUGCCAUCGGCCGUUAUUCGAGAUGAGACAGGAACCGUCGUUAUCUCCACAAUUCUACGUUUCAUUCAGCCAGUGUUUGUGAAGCGAAGCAGCAAGGAAUCGCGACAGACGACAUUGUCCGAGAUAAAAAAUCGCGCCACUUCACAAGAGCCGUGGUCGCAGAUUGUUAUCUUUCCAGAGGGCACUUGCUCCAAUGGUAGUGUCCUGCUCAAAUUUAAGCAGGGUGCAUUUAGCGCCGGGGUCCCGGUACAACCCGUGCUUAUCCGAUAUCCCAACAAAUUGAACACUUUAACAUGGACUUGGGAUGGGCCAAGCGCUUUGAAGACGAUGUGGCUGACUACAUGCCAAUGGCAAACCCGAAUGGUUAUCGAGUACCUGCCCGUCUACAGACCGUCAGCAGCCGAAUGCAAGGAUCCUGGUCUGUUUGCCUACAACGUGCGUCAGUUAAUGGCUGCAGCGCUGGGAGUUGGUACGACCGAAUUUGGUUACGAUGACCUUCGAUUUCUUGAUACAGGGGAUGUACGUCAGCCACAUCAUACGCUAGCUAUAGUAAAACUGCUCAAGUUCAGAGCCAAGAGCGGCCUGAUACCUGACCAGAUUUCAUUGGACAUUGCAAAAGUGAGCUCCUUAAUUACUGAAACGGAAAGAGCCGGACGUCCAUCAGGACGGCUGACGCGUUCUGAACUGUUAGCCGCAUUGGGCGUACGUCCGUCUGAAGUGGCCAAGGAAUUUUUUGACAUCCUCGAAAUGGAGGAGGACGUCUAUAGGGUUGACGAGCACCACAAAGAUAAUGGCACUGAUCAAGAGACGGCCCAACAAGUUCAAGUCGAUCCACGAGUUCUGCUGGCAGCAUUGCAUCUCGCAAACCGGGACGGCGAAUCUGCAUUCAGGUGUCUCAGCGGUGAGCCCGUCGUCAUCACUAACCAUACGACAAGUAGUCUAGCUACUUCUACAGCUUCUCCUUCAAUUAAUAUUAAUGGUAUCAUAGCCAAUAGCAAUGAUGACGUCGUCGGUCGUGAGCCUGGAGCUACGGACGACGGAAGCGUCAAAGCGUCAGCCGUCCCUGUGCUCACGCAGAAAGCUUUCUACCGCUUGUGUUGGCUGGCUAUGCAGAUGCCGAGACGUGAUGCUGAACAACUAUUCGAGCAUUUCCGACCAUCACCCUUAACACUGCCUGUGUUCCGAGAGCUCCUCGCAAAGCACGCCAAUCGUUGUAAGGGUAUUGUAUAUUUUGACAGCGCCCGCCGACUUAACCUCGACGAUGGCGAUCAAGCGCCGCUCGAAUCGACCCCAAAGAUACAACGGGACAAAGAGGACGAUGUGGAAUCAAUUAAAGCGAGUCAAAAAUCCUCUGCGCGAAAGAUAUUCGUCCGAAAGGUCGAUUCGAAUGGCCGCAGCGACGAGAAGAUCACAGCAGCGCCAGCAUUAAGUGCAGCAGUCGUGACUAGCCAAAGCAAGCGACAGAAGGCUGAAUAGUGAGAUACGUUAUUAUAAGCAUGCUACAAAGAUAUGACAAGCAAAGCCGCGGCAGUAGCAGUGAUAGCUGGAAUCAUAGAGUCCACAUUAGCGUUGGCGGAAAGGCAACUGAAGAGAGGAAACUGGAAAGCAACAAGUUACUAAGUGAUAUAAAGCUAGAGAGGAACCCCUCGACAGAGAAGUCAACUAGUGAAGACGGUUUAAUGUACGGUUUGACUGGACUCAGUGGCCGAAACCGACUUGUACCGCUAGAGAUAAAACCGAUCUGACUUAGAACUGGGGGGUUAAAGGUAAGCAGAGGCAGGCAACGAAAAUGGAGAUGGCACAAACAAGAACUAUUAAAGAUUAUAAGAUUACGUGGGCUACGUCUUUAGUAUGUAAAUUCACUUGAAGAGUAGCUACCGUAGUAGUGAUUGAGGCGAUUUUUUUGUAAGUUCAACUCAUUUGACUGGCUUAUAACGAAAAGGAAAAAACUUUCCAAAAAAUUCCAGAACCUCAGAAUAAGAAGGUUAACAUGUCCCAGUAUGUUACUAACUAUUACGUGUUGUGAUAUAAGGGAAAACGACGUACUUCCAAAUGUGUAAAAUUGGGGGUCAAACUAAAUAUGUACAAUACAACGAAGGCUCAGUUUUUGAUUGCUAAUUCUCCCAAUAGUGACGAGUUACUCAAGAUGAGAAGGAUACUACAUAUAGACGCAUUGAUCCGCGAAAUCAAGACUACUGGAAGCGCGUGCAGAUAUUUUUAUAAACUAGGAUUGUCAAUCUCUGCUGUUAUGUUGAAACUAGAGCUGGGCGACAAGUGCGCUGUUUCUUACUUAGGCUUAGCAGCAUAGUUCAUUCUGGGUAGUUUUAUUGCAAAAACAUUCUGACGCUAAAGCGUGUUAUAUUCGCGUUAGGACAACAACAGCGAGUCUUGCAAAAACUGCCUUUCUUAAUUAUAUACAUAUAUACGUGCUUUUUAGAAUUGAAGGCUUUAGUCUCUACUGAUUUGUUUUUUUCAAUAGUAAAUUAUUAUUUUCGAUGUUUAAGCUGCCGGGUCUGUUGACUGCAUCCUAACCAGCAAUAUCUGAUAGUGAAUAUAGAUAUUGUUAAGUGAGGGUUUGUCACCCGUUUGAUUGAUGGACAUGUCUAAGUGCGUAGUUAACAGUCGUUUACUAUUUCGUAGUUGGAUGAAAAUGUAAAACCUUUUUCGCUCUUGGUAGGUAUAUAGUAUGUCUUUAUGGUUUGGAGUAAAAUGAUUGAAAAUUGUUUUGUAUUAAACCAAUGAAAUCAACAUAUAAACUACCUGAAUUGAGUCUUAUAAAUAUCAUAAUUGAACUAUUUGUCCCUGUCAUUAUUACCAUUAACUCACUUUGACAGCUGCAAUUACUAUAUCUAAACAUGUUCACUGUAACAUGAACUCAGAAAUACGCGAGAGAAUAUUAAGCACAAGAUAUUUUAUAUGUACGUACACCAAACGGACUGAAGAACACGAAUCGAAAGAUAUAAGUAGAGGGUCAAUAUUCUUUGUCACGUUAACAACCUUUGACUAAGAGCAGCAUAAAUUGUAA